CCGGCACCUGCCGGCUCUCAGCUCUGCGCCCGGGCCCCGCCCCCGGCCAGCCGACCCUCCUGCGCCUGGCUUGCACUGCUCUCUCUUCGCUGUGGGGAAGCAACAGCACCCCGAUAACUUGCAGACUGUGGCGCAACUGGUCUCAACAGCGGAGGCGCCCGAAUGCUGCCCGAGUGAGGAACCUGGGAAGAAAAACAGUCUCAACAAUGAGUAGGCUGCCCAUGACGACCAGCAACAGAUGACUUGCCAUUUCAUUUACUAAGAUGUCGUCUGCUGCUGAAAAUGGAGAUGCAGCACCUGGAAAACAAAACGAAGAAAAAACCUAUAAAAAGACUGCAUCAUCUGCUAUCAAAGGUGCUAUCCAGCUGGGAAUAGGAUACACAGUGGGUAAUCUCACUUCCAAGCCAGACCGAGAUGUUCUCAUGCAAGACUUCUACGUGGUGGAAAGUGUGUUCCUGCCCAGUGAAGGGAGCAAUCUGACCCCAGCACAUCACUACCCAGACUUCAGAUUUAAGACAUAUGCUCCACUAGCAUUCCGUUAUUUCAGAGAACUUUUUGGUAUCAAGCCUGAUGAUUACUUGUAUUCCCUCUGCAAUGAACCUCUAAUAGAACUGUCCAACCCCGGAGCCAGUGGAUCCUUGUUUUUUGUGACCAGUGAUGAUGAAUUUAUUAUCAAAACAGUUCAGCAUAAAGAGGCAGAGUUCCUUCAGAAGCUGCUGCCAGGCUAUUACAUGAAUUUAAACCAGAAUCCAAGGACUCUUUUGCCAAAAUUUUAUGGACUAUAUUGCAUGCAAUCGGGGGGCAUUAACAUCCGAAUUGUGGUGAUGAACAAUGUCUUGCCACGCUCCAUGAGAAUGCACUUUACAUAUGACUUGAAAGGUUCGACCUAUAAACGAAGAGCAUCCCGAAAAGAGAGAGAAAAAUCCAACCCCACAUUUAAGGACUUAGAUUUCCUGCAAGACAUGCACGAAGGGUUGUAUUUUGAUAUAGAAACAUACAGUGCGCUCAUGAAAACGCUUCAGAGAGAUUGCCGGGUAUUGGAAAGCUUCAAGAUCAUGGACUAUAGCCUUUUGCUGGGCAUCCACAUCUUGGACCAUUCCCCCAAAGAGAAAGAAGAGGAGACCUCACAAAAUGUGCCUGAUGCAAAGCGGCCUGGGAUGCAGAAGGUUCUCUACUCAACAGCAAUGGAAUCCAUCCAGGGUCCAGGGAAGUCUGGAGAUGGGAUCAUCACAGAGAACCCAGACACAAUGGGAGGAAUUCCAGCUAAAAGCCAUAAGGGAGAAAAACUGCUUUUAUUUAUGGGCAUCAUUGACAUUCUGCAAUCAUAUAGAUUAAUGAAGAAGUUAGAACAUUCCUGGAAAGCACUUGUUUAUGAUGGGGACACUGUUUCAGUUCAUAGACCGAGCUUUUAUGCAGACAGAUUUCUAAAGUUUAUGAACUCCAGAGUUUUCAAGAAAAUUCAAGCUUUGAAAGCCUCACCUUCUAAAAAACGAUGCAAUUCCAUCGCUGCCCUGAAGGCGACCUCACAGGAGGUCGUGUCCUCAGUGAGCCAGGAAUGGAAGGACGAGAAGCGGGAUUUGCUGACGGAAGGGCAAAGUUUUAGCAGCCUUGACGAAGAAGCGCUGGGAUCCCGACACAGGCCAGACCUGGUGCCCAGCACGCCAUCCCUGUUUGAAGCUGCUUCCUUGACAACCACAAUUUCAUCUUCUUCCUUAUAUGUCAAUGAACAUUAUCCACACAACAGGACUACGCUUUAUUCAAACAGUAAAGGGUUACCUUCCAGUUCGACAUUUACCUUGGAAGAGGGGACCAUCUACGUGACUUCUGAGCCAAAUGCUCUGGAAAUAGAGGAUGAUAACGCCUCCGUGCUCGAUGUUUAUUUAUAAGUGCAAAUGGUGACCACCUAAGCAGAUGGAUGACACGUGAACACAGUCGCAGGAGAAAAGCUCCUCCAGUCCAGAAUUUCCCAAAGGACCUUGGCUGAGCCCCACAACACAGAAUAAUCAACUGGAUUUAGGAGUCUGAGCAUGUCGGGGGGGCGCUGGCCCACGGGCUGGUCAGCAGAUGUGAUGUGAAAAAAUACCACACUCUUCCCUCAUUUGCUGUUGCUUGCUGAACUGUGAAGAACUGCAUGAACCAUAUUUAAACUGCUUUAUAUACCAUUGCCAAUCACUUUUUUUGGACUUGAAAGUGCUAUUUUCCUAUUGAUACUUGCAUUAUUUCAUUCUGCAUGCAUCCAGUGAUUAUAUUUAAGCAACACAUGUAAUCUGCUUAUAUAUUUUUUAAAAAUUCCAUCUGUGCAAAAUGGCAUAUAAAGUAUAAAUCCUGCUCUUUUUGCAAAAUUAUAAUCAUAGCCAUGUCAUUAAAAGUUUAAGUUGGUUUUAUCUAAAGAUCAGUAUAAUAGGUCUGCAUAUACUUUAUAGAUCACUAGCCUCUAUAAAGAUACUUUCACUGUUUAUUAGUGAAGUGAGAAAAGCAGAGCUAUUUAUAAAAGGCCUUAUGUCGUGUACAUACACGUUGUCUUUGAAAUACUUGUGAUUUAGUUUAUUGC